AUGGCAGCAUUCUCGAAGUCGAAUCUGAACACGAUCGAGACGAUCGAUCCGAAUUAUCAGAACACGAUUGGACAACGUAGUCGAUUGUCGUUUAGCGAUGUGAAGAAGAUUAAUGCGGCCUAUUGCAGCGAUGUAUGCGCGGAAAAGCUGACGUGUAAGUUCGGUGGCUAUACGGAUCCGAAGAACUGCUCCAGGUGUCGAUGUACGGACGGUCUAUCCACUCCACUCUGCGCCGAUCCGACUAGAACCUCGAGAGAUUGCGGUCAGCUGAAGCGACAGGCCACCGCCCGCUUUCAGGAGCUUUCGACGAGCGGCUCGGGUGAAUGUAACUACUUGAUUACGGCACCGUCCCGACGCGCUCAAAUCCUCAUCGAGUUCGUUGGCGCG